UUUGAGACAUAUCUGGCGCAACAGUGAGCAUGUUGAAUGUUGAAUUUUGCAAAAUAAAAUUGUUUAUUAAGCGAUAGGGAAAGAACAAAAGCACCGAGACAAGUCAGCGACUGAGUGUCUCCGGCUGUCGGGCUGUCCGCUGUUGGCCUGUCUGUUAGCGCACAGGAUGGACGCCCUGCUGGAGAACAUGUUUCCGGCGCUGCGGCGGCGACAUCAGGCCGGCGCCCGAGCCGACGCGCCGCCGGCCGGCCAGCCCCCGCCGCCGCAGGCGCCCCCGCCGCCGCCGCCGCAGCCGCCGCCGAGGCCGGCCGGCGCUCAGAACGCCGCUGAAGAACAGUUUGUGGCGAUCCGCGACCGGCUGUUCCACGCCAUGUUCGUGCGACUCUCGCUGGCGUACGCACGCCUGUUCUCGCCGCGCGUCCGGCGCAUGGUCGAGUUCGCCUCCCUGCUUGUGGCGAUCUGCUCUCUGGCGAUGCUGACGUACAUUCACGUGGCGUUCUCACAUAUGCCCAACCACUGUCUGGACAGCGUCAAAGACGAGUGGCCGCGAGACGGAAUACUGCGCGUCGAGAUCAUACGCGACCCCGGCGAGGAGUACACGCUGGCCAAGUCGUACGAGAAGGAGGAGCGUCUGAAGCUGCGUGACCCGGACAGCCUGCUGCUGAGCACGCUGGAGGAACUGCUGGACGGCGACCGGAGGAAUCGUGAGAAGCAGAAAUCCGAGGAGGCGGGUUCCGAGACGGCCACGGAGCAGCCUCUGACGGAAGUUUCCGGAACUGAAACUUUGAUAGAGGACGUGACUGUUCCCACCGACCCGGCCAAUAUCUACUCCAACGCCUCAGCUGGGUCGGCACGGAGUACGUCUAGCCCGCUGACGCCGACUUCGAGUGACUCUCCGGAGCCGGGAGGGACAGAGGAGGCCGCCCCAACCGAUAGUCAGCAGACGUCAGGAGACGGCCCCGAUGACCCGGCCGAGGCCAACAGCACCGAUAGUGCUCCGCCACCGGUCACCGAGGGGUCAUCGACCUCUGAGAGCGGCGGCUUGGACCAGGACGUCACCGGCCUGGAACGGCUCAUCAGGACCGUGUGGCCGGACGAGGAGUACAUCGUGGAGUACUCGCUCGAGUACGGCCUGCUGCGGCUCUCCCCUGCCACCCGCCGGCGUCUCUCGGUACCAACCCAGAUCGUGUUACUCGAUCCCGACUCGGACGUCUGUUUCGGCGACCACCUCAGCCGGCUGAUCCUGGCCUGGCUGAUUGGGUACGAUGAUAUCCUGCUGAGCAGCAUCAAGGAGCUGGCUGAAGCCGAGGAUAAUCGCGGCUACCUCAGGAACGUGGUGACGGGCGAACACUACCGCUUCGUCAGCAACUGGCCUACGUCUACCUCGUUCUUCGCCGCAUGCUUCAUCAUGAUCAUAUUCACGCUGACGGUCUCCAUGCUUCUUCGUUAUUCUCACCAGCAAAUAUUUCUCUUCAUUGUGGACCUGCUGCAGAUGUUGGAGGCCAACACGAUCGCCCACUUCCCGGCGGCCCCGCUGCUGACCGUUAUUCUGGCGCUGGUUGGUAUGGAGGCGGUGAUGUCCGAGUUCUUCAACGACUCGACCACGGCAUUCUACGUCAUCCUGAUGGUGUGGCUGGUGGACCAGUACGACGCCGUAUGCUGUCACACAGCCAUCAGCCGCAAACACUUCCUCAGGUUCUUCUUCCUGUACCACUACUGCUUCUACGCGUACCACUACCGCUUCAACGGCCAGUACAGCAGUCUGGCGCUCAUCACCUCAUGGCUAUUCAUCCAGUGGUGA